UUUUCUAUCCCGGUCAUUCUGCCCAGUAUGAAAACCCUAAAUGUGAUUGCUCAUGUUCCCGUUUCUCACACUCAAAUUGCUCUGUUGUUGGUGUUCAAUUAACUUGUAUGGUUAUCGACGCUUGAGCACCAUGUCUUUUUGACCUCAACCUCUACGAGGCGUUUAUCAGAUUCUUUUAGUGUUCGUGUGUUCUUUUGCAUGUGAUACAUGAGGAGAAAAGACUCAUUGCAAGCAAACUAAAACUGCCUUGCAGAUAAGCGGGUUGACAGUGCCACAUCAAAGGCUUAAAGCAGCGAGCAGUGUCAUAGUUUUCGCCAUUUCCCAUUCAUUCAGGAAUUUUAAUUUGGGGGUUCAACUAGAAGGGUUAUUCGCGAGACGAUAGAGACUCGAACAUCCAAAGCAGCGAGAAGGAACGAUCAAAGCGCUUCAUUGAGAGGGACUUUUUGGGAUUAUGGAGGAGGACCAAUUUCAACGUUUGCUGGGGAUGUUCCCAAUCGUUCGAUCACGCUCCUACUGUGCAGAUGAUGCGGUCGGUACUAGUAGGCGGGUUCCAUCAGGAUUCAGCCUUGCUUCCUCAAACGUCGAGUUGCAACAGGUAGACACUGAGAGCAACAGGGAACAAACUGAUACAGACAAGAGUACGCCACAAAUGUCACUUGCAUCCUUGCAUAGUAAAGGAAACUUCUGGGAUCAGUUGAAGGCAGCAGCAGAGCAGCAGUUGUUGCCGGAAGCGGCUCAGAAAUUUUGUGAUGCUUUUAGAGCUCGUCACAACGAAAUGGUGAACAAUACAUUGUCUUUGGAUGGAAUAGAGCGUAUAGCCAAGCACUGGCCUCCUACUAAUUGACGAUGUCUACCUGUUGAUCAUCAUGCUGCUUGCUACCCGAGCUGCAAUGUAAAUGUGCAUGAUCAUUAUGAUUAAAAACGAAGUGUCAGUGAGCCAAUCCUGCAAAUAUUUUUCCUUGGACUAGUGCCCAUAUCUAUCUAUAUCCUGAUUAUUCUUUUAUAUGAAGCCGUAACAUUAAUGUAUGUACUUGUCUUGAUCAUCGGACAAAUGGAGGACUCAUAUUUGCCCAGCUUUUACAUAUUUCUAUAUAGUCUAACGUUUGUUUACUCAUUUGAGGUUCAUUCAGAUCCCACUUCUGUGCGGUAGUUUUUAUGUUC